ACCUACACUUCUUCCUUCAUUGUUCCAGUUGUAUACAACAAUUUGUGUGAUUACUUAAUAUCUGUCCCCUCCCCCCCCCGCCCCCCAUCAGACAGUGAGCUCUGUGAGGGCAGGCACCGGUUCUGUCUUAACCUCCAACAGUAGUCCCGAUCAAAGCUGGCACAUGGUAAGUACUCAUUAAAUAUAGCAAGGGCCCCGUGUUGAGUAGACCCUUUCCCCAUUCUGAGCCUCCGUACUUUCCCCUCUACCCCCCAAACACACAGACUUUCUCCGGGGAGCUGCCGGGGAACCUUGACUCCCACCCUUUCCCUCCUUGGCAGCUGCUGGGUGACGCACCCAGGGGCGGGUGCUCCGCCCCACAGCGGACGCUGAUUUAGCCCGGUUGGGCAAGGCCAGGGUUGCCUGGGGGGAGGUUACUCAUCCCGGGCUCAGGUAAGAGGGCCCAGGUUGGGAGGCGGCACACCCAGGGGGGACGCCGAGGGAGCAGGACCUAGCCAUGGACCCUGCCAGGAAAGCAGGCGCCCAGGCAGUGAUCUGGACCACGGGCUGGCUGCUGCUGUUGUCGCUGCUGCUUGGAGAAGGAGCGCGGGCCCUGGAGUGCUACAGCUGCGUGCAGAAAGCAGAUGACGGAUGCUCUCCGCAGAAGACCAAGACCGUGAAGUGCGCGCCGGGCGUGGACGUCUGCACCGAGGCCGUGGGGGCGGUGGAGACCAUCCACGGGCAGUUCUCGGUGGCAGUGCGGGGCUGCGGGUCCGGACUCCCGGGCAAGAAUGACCGCGGACUGGAUCUUCACGGGCUUCUGGCCUUUAUGCAGCUGCAGCAAUGCGCCCAGGACCGCUGCAACGCCAAACUCAACCUCACGUCGCGAGCGCUCAACCCCGCAGGCAAUGAGAGUGCGUACCCGUCCAACGGUGCCGAGUGUUACAGCUGCGUGGGGCUGAGCCACGAGGCGUGCCGGGGCACGGCUCCACCUGUCGUGAGCUGCUACAACGCCAGUGAGCGCGUCUACAAGGGCUGUUUCGACGGUAACGUCACUCUGACGGCAGCAAAUGUGACUGUAUCCUUGCCUGUGCGGGGUUGUGUCCAGGACGAGUUCUGCACGCGGGAUGCGGUGACAGGCCCAGGGUUCACACUCAGUGGCUCCUGCUGCCAGGGGUCCCGCUGUAACUCGGACCUCCACAACAAGACCUUUUUCUCCCCUCGGAUCCCACCCCUUGUCCUGCUGCCCCCUCCUAAGCCCACCACUCAGGCCCCAACCACCUCUGUCACAACCUCUACUCCAGCCCCAACCACUCUUGUCUCUGCCACUAAACCCACCACGGCCAGCCAGACUUCCCCACGGGAAGUACAUCCUGAGACCUCUCAGAAAGAGGAAUCUGGCUUGGCUGGAGGUGCCGCUGGCCACCAGGACCGCAGGAAUAUGGGACAGCACCCUACAGGAGGGGGGGCCCAUAAUAAAGGCUCUUCAACUUCCUCGGCUGGGUUGGCAGCUCUAGUGUUGGCCUUGGCUGCUGGCACCCUACCAUGAAUUUUGCCAUCUAGAAACUUCCAUCUUGCCUUAUUCCCCAGCCCUGGGUACCCUCUCUUCCCAUGACUUCCCUUUCUCCUCACUGGACUGGGCUGGCCCAGCCCCUCUUCUUCCAAUCUCCGCCCCCCACCAUCCCCAGCUUCUGCUGCACUGGUUUGCGGCUUUGGGAAAUAAAUUUACCGUUGUAUAUAUAUCCUGCCAGGGUGUUGUAGCUUCUGGAAGGCAACAGGUGUAUCUCCCUCUUCUUUGUCUCUCCCUGGUCUCCUCAUGGUGUCUCUGGGCAGAGAAAAGUCAGGGCUGUCACAGGGAAGAUGGGAGAAACACUGAUAGGCUUUCUAUUCACCUUCUUAUAGCCAGUCCGGAAUUUGGGGGGGGGAGGUGCGGAGCAGGAUAGUGGUUCCCUCCUCUGCUGGCUGGUGUCCCUGCUCCCCGUCCCCUCUCUGUGGGAAUCGGUUCAGCAUCUGACUUCCUUAUUAGACUGUGAGCUCCUCAAGGGCAGGGACCGCGCCUCAGGCCUCCAUGUGGUCAGUUUCUGGCACAUGAAGGUCUCAAUAAAAGUGUAAUUCCUUUGUAUAAGCGUUUCGAAGGACUCAUUUCUUACACUGACCUCUUAGUGUCGCCUCUUAGCCGAGCUAGGGCGGGAGUGUCAAGACCGUUCGCAGAGAAGCUGAGACCUGGAGCCACAGCCCAGGGGGGAGGUUGGGGUUGGAACUCCUGUGCUCUCCUGGGGUUUCGCCAGCUUGUGGGCGAUCCCACCACUGGUGAAGGGGAUGCCAGGUGAAAGCGUUAGGCAGUGGCGAGGGUGCCUGGGGCUUUUAGCAAGGUUUGGGCUCAGAGGGGAACUCUGCUUAAUGGGUUGUCCCCCACUGCCAGGCCCCACCCACCUUGUCAUCUGUUUGGUUUCCCAAGGAUUGUGUGGUGGGCUUAGCCACCGCCUCGCACCUGUCCAGAGGUCUCACGGGUGCCGCUGUCAGUCUGUGUUCGUCUAAGCUCCACCUCCGUCUCCUCCAAUCAGGUGAAGGUGUAGGGGCCCCAGGGAGGAAAAGCCUGGCUUCAGCCUGAGGCCCCGGCAGGCUGUGCAACUGCUUGAUGGAAGGGGGACCAGAUGUGGGCAGGAGCGAGAUAGUAACAGUGAUAUUUCCGACAUCACUAUUAAUGGGAGUAGUAGUAUGACAAAACGAUAGUAAAUAAUGAUUACAGGGACAAAAUAGAAAAUUAAUAAGAGCACGAGCAACAGCAAUAAUAACUAGUUAUGGA